GCUCCGUGGAGGAUAUACGUUCUGGGUCCAGGCGUCAUAAAAGGCCUUUACCCAGUAGUGCCCUUUUCUAAGCUUGCCUCCUGCUACACAGCAGCAUUUCAUCCUGUGGCAGCAGAGUCGGUUUACACCCAGACAAGCCGGUAUCAUUUGCUAGUAUACCACUGAACUCGCCAAAGAUGGGUGUUUUGGCAGCGGUCAAGCGCAACAAGGUGGGCGCCGUCAUAAUAUCGGUAUUUGAUUGGUACCCCUCGGAAUACUCGGUCGUCGAGAGAAGGCUGCUGAGAAAGCUUGAUCUCGCCAUUCUGAUCUUUGGGUCGCUGAGCUUUUUCUGCCGAUUUUUGGGACAGCAAAACAUUACCAAUGCCUACGUCUCGGGCAUGCGAGAAGAUCUGAAGGCGUUUGGAAAUGAGCUCAACUACUAUAAAAUGGCCUACAAUACGGCCUACGUACUCGGGCAGAUUCCGUUGAUGACCCUUCAGACGAAAGGAAAACUUGCCAUCUGGCUUCUCCCAGCUCUCCAGAUUUCAUGGGCCAUUAUCGGGUUCUGCCAGUCCACAGUCACGCAAAACUGGCAUCUUUACAUUCUCCGGGCCCUGACCGGCUUCCUGGAGGCCUCCUCGUUCGGCGGGACGCACCUGAUCUUGGGAAGCUGGUACAAGAACGAUGAGGUCUUCAAGCGUGCUGGAGUCUGGUUCAUGGGUAACUCGCUCGGAUCCAUGUUCUCAGGCUAUUUGCAAGCUGCGGCCUAUAAAAACCUGAAUGGCGUUAUGGGUCGUGCCGGAUGGCGCUGGCUCUUUGUCAUCCACGGCAUCAUCACCCUCCCGAUCUCCUUCCUGGGCUUUGUCGUCUGGCCGGGCCUUCCCAUCUCGCGACGGCGCUGGUGGAUGACGGAGGAGGAGCACGCUCUCGCUGUCAAGCGCAUCCCCGUGGUCGAGAAGGACGGGAUCACGUGGAAGACGUUCAGAUACACCCUGAGCCGGCCAAUGUGGUGGAUUUGCGUGCCGACCUACGUCUGUCUGACCCUGAGCAACUACUGGACCACCUACAUGGCACUGUGGCUCAAGUCGGCGCGCUACCCCGUCGAGAUGGUCAACGUCCUGCCGACCUUCGUCGACCUGAUCCGUGCUAUCAGCUCGUGGCUGGGCACCACGCUCGCGGGGACACUGAGCCUGAGGGGGCUUUGGACGUUUCAGUUUGCGGCCAUGUUUUUUGCGUGCCUAACCCUCGCGAUAUGGAAUGUACCCGACGGUCUCAAGUUUGUUGCCUUCUAUUUUGGAGGCUUCUCGGGCAUGGCCUCGCCAAUUCUGUACACAUGGGUCAACUUUACCCUCAAGGAGAACUUUGGCGAGCGCGGCCUCAUCAUCUCGUCCAUGAUGACCAUGGGCUUCUCAACCUCGAUCUGGGUGCCACUCCUUAUCUUCCCAGCUGUCGAAGCGCCAGAGUGGAAGAGGGGCUACCCUGCCUCGACCGUUUUCCAGUUCUUGAUGUGGAGCACCCUGAUGUUCGGGAUCUGGUAUAUGGCGCGCUGGAAGACCAGGCAGGCGGACCCGGAGGUUCCCGAGCAGGAGCAGGUAAAAGGGGAGUCGAAUGCAGAGGAUGGUGACGGCGCAGCGUCGACGGCAGAAACUACCCUGGCUGGGGCCGGAACCAAGGGGCUCAGUGACGGCUUCGACGCAGGCUUUGGCACACCCGCGGCCACUGGAGCUAUGCGGAACAGGCUAUCCACGAACAAGGGCAGCGACGGCAGCAACAAGGAUGUCAGCAGCAGUGGCGCUGGUAGCGUCAAGACUCUGGACCAUACGCCUCGACAGUAG